AUGAUUGCCCUCGGCGUCCAGCCGGGAUUUCUCAAGAUACCUCGAGAACAUCUAGAGGCAGGGAUGCUCUGCCUAUGGGGUUCAGAAGACAAUGCCACAUCACAAGCUUUGGUUCGAUUUGUUACCCCUGAGGAAGCUGUUGAGGUUAUUCAUGAAGAUAAGAUGACAAACACUGAAGAGCUGAAUAAAGGCCUUUACUUUGGCUACCCGUGCCGACGUGAAAGCUGUGCUUUAGUAAACAUCCCAGCUCCAUGUGUCAACAAGAUGAUUGCACACAUUGAAGAUGUGGAGUCUAAAAUACAGGAGCAUCUGAAACGGUUUGAAACUUCUUUGGAAGAAUGGAAUAGAACUUCUUUCACAGAAGACCUGAAAAAAGAUCUGAGUGUUGCUACACUAGUGCAAGAGCCCAAACCAGAAGAACUGAGAGAUGAAAAGUGUCCUGAAUUGAAGCAGGAAAUGGAAACACUGCUAUCAGAGGCCAUCCAUCUCAUUAAAAGUCUGGAGACCGAUCGGGCAGAAGCUGAAGAAGCUUUACAACGACAAAAAUCAAGAAAGAAAAGGAUUACCACACAAAUUGAUUCUUGGUCAAUCUGGAAACUUCAAGAAAUCCCAUUAGCUGUGCAGAACGAACAUGAGGCCUAUUUGAGAGAUAUAAUAGAACUACGAUGGCAAUUUGAAGAUAAAACUCGUCAACGAAAACAUCUGGAAGAGCAAAAGGAGAAAUUAGCAGAAACUAAUGCAAAGCUUAAAGAAGACAUAGACUAUAUGAUUAAACAGCACCCUCUACUGCUUGCAAAGCGAGACCACGAACUUACAUCUCUGAGGGAAUAUUACCAGAAAAAAUUUGAGGUAAUGGAAAUAUACAAACAAGUUCAUGGAGAACUUCUAGAAGCCAUAGACAGUCUUGAAAAAGCCAAACUCAGAGUUAAACAAAACAGAAUAGAAAUGGAAAGGGAUAUUCGUGAUAGUGAAAUAAGCAUGGCUGCCUACAAGAAAGAGAUAGAUAAACUUAGCAAUCUGUUUAAUUUCUACUGUACAUCAAUAGAAAAUAUUAGUAUUAAUAUUGAGGAGAAUGAAGAGGCAGUGACCGAAGUAUUGAGGGAAACAAAGUCAUCAAAAAAUGAAUUAACUGCUUUAGAAAAAAUGCUAGAUGAUUUGAAAAGGCUUUAUGAUCAACUACACUGGAAGAAAAAAAUUUAUGAAAGUGAAUAUUUGGAAGUACUUAAUAAUUUUUAUGCCACGAAAUCAACAUGGGAUACUGAACUUUCUAAUAUUGCAAAGGAUUUUUCUGAUAUUUCAAUAGCGUGUUCUCAAUUGGUGGAAGAAAAUAAAAGACUCAGUACUGAUAUUGAAACUGUACUAGGUUAUAUCAAUGACAGUAUAAGGAAAAAAUCAGAGCUUGAGUCCGAAAUCCAAUCUCUUUUGAAAAUGAGGUCAAAAAAUGAAGAGUUUCUUAAACAACUAUACAAGGAAGCUUAUAACAUCGGUGCUGUUUUUCACCUAACCAAAUUUAAAACAGAGGAGUUAGAACAGAAAGUAGCAGAAGUGAGAAGAAAAUUCAAGGGCAGAGAAGACUUCCUGAAGAAACUCAUUCGAGGUGAAGUGGCUAGUGGAAUGAUGAUUCAGAAAAAACUCUUUUCCCUUCAAGACGAACAGACACUUGAGAAGCAGGACCUUCUGAGAAAGAAAGCAAUCUAUUCCCUAGCACUGGCAGAAAUGGAGAAACCGCUGCUUAAACUAGAAGAAGAAGCUGAAAAAAUCAAAACUUGCCACCAAGAACAUGCUGAUUUGCUAGAUGAAGUAACUGAGAAGAGAGAAGAAGUUAAAAGAAAUGUAGAAAAAACUAAGAAAAAAUUGCGAAGAAAGGGGAAGAAAACCCAGGAGGCAAUAAUGAAAACUGAGGAUAAACGCUCACAAAUUUUUAAAGAAAUAGAGACCACUAAAAGUAAAACAACUGUUUAUCAUUCAAAAAUCAUUCAACUGAAUAAGAACUUAGAACAAAAAGAAAAAGAAAAGAUUGCUUUUGAUCACACACUUGACUAUUUAAAGGACCAGUUUAUAACCUUGAGAGAGAAAAAGGAACACGCACAAGCUGUGUUUGAUCAUCUUGCAAAUGAGAAAAAUGCCUGUGAAGAGAGAAUCUAUGAGGAAGAACAGAGAUACAGAACGUUAUUUAACAUGAGGCAAAAAACUCUGGCCAGUAUUAAGAAAAUACAAGACGACUCACUGGAAGAAAAUCUACGUUUAGCUCAAGAGUACCAGAGAUUACAGAAUAUAUUCUUAACAGUAAAGGGCAAUUAUUUCAGCCAGUAUGAACGACAACUGUCAUAUGAUGGUUCAAUUAGAGAUAAGAAACAGGCUGAAGGUUUCUCACCUAUGAAAUUCUCAAGCUCACUAGCAGUGACAUCAGAUGUACUUGCAAAUUUUCAGAUCUGUCAGCUGCAAAGGAGGAUACACAAGUUGUGGCAGAAGCACUUCGAGCUGGUGGUCUUCUACAGCCAGAUGAGGCUGGCCAAGUUCCAGACAGACUCUCAAGAGAGUAUUCAGAAAAUAUUAGCUGUGCAGGAAGAAUCUUCAAAUUUAAUGCAACACAUCUUAGAUUUCUUCCAGACUUUGACAGAUGGCCAAUGUGAAAACGAUGGUUAA